AUGAAAGCAUCUGAUUUGGUUAGUGAAAUAUGCUCGAAAACACGAAAUUCCUCCGAGUGUUUGUACGAAUUAAGAGGAGAACAUGGAAAAAACCUCAGCGAAAUGGCCCAAUCAUUAACUUUUGUAGCACAUGUUACGGCAUUAUUAGCAAAUGACACAGCUCAACUGUGUGAAAAACAAGAAAAAAAUUAUUUGAAGAGGGAGAGAUGUCGUUCAUGUGUGGGGAAUUAUGUUCGUAUCAUGGAUGAUCUCGUAGAAUGGAAGCAAUCUGUCAACUCUGGAAACUAUCAAAAUCUGCUAUCAAAAGCAGAUGCCAUGUCGAAAGAGGCUGAAUCAUGUGACAAAAACUUUGAACAGCCACCAAGUGAACCUCCACAACUCGUAUUAACAACAAAAUCUUUUCGAGAUAUUUGUAGUAUCCUCGUGGUUGUUUCCUAUAGAUUAGCAGGUCGAAUUAUCUAA